AUGUGUUUUGGUAUUAGCUUCUGGAAGGAUACAUGGUUAGGGGAUCAAUCCUUAUCGCUGAGCUUCCCAAGGUUAUUUUCUUUGACAGUUAACAAGAAUUCGUUACUUUCUGAUCUCUAUGAUUAUGAUAAUAACAUUUUUGUUCUUGGCUGGACUCGUCGUUUGCGUAUUGGGGACCAAGAACUGUCAAAUGAACUUCAGAUGAAACUUAGUCCUUGUGAGCCUUCUGUUCAUCAGCAGGAUGCCUUCUUCUGGAAUGGGAAAGUCUAUACAGCAGCUGCAAUGAGAUACUGUCUUCAGCAGCAACGUCCUCCUCGCACAUCUUCAGCAGCUUUCUCUACGUUCUGGAAGAUGAAGCUACCUCCUCGCAUUUUAUUCUUUCUUUGGUUGCUUGCUAGAGACCGGAUUUCAUCUAAUGUGACUCUUGUCAAUAGAGGUAUUCUUGAUUCAGCAAAUGCAGGUUGUACAAUUUGUUCAAAGGAGGAAAACAGUUUGCACAUUGUACUUCAUUGUCACUUUGCAUGGUUGGCUUGGAAUAAGUUAUUCGGGAUGUGUAAUCUUCAUAUGGUAAUGCCGUAUACGCUUCUUGAGUUCUUAUUCUAUUGGGAUUCAGUGGCUUUCAAACGUUAUAGAGUUUUGUGGAGGACGAUUGGCUUCUUUUGUGUUUGGGAACUAUGGAAAGCAAGGAACAAGCGGAUAUUCGACAAUGAGCACGUUGAGGUGGAUUCGCUUAUUUUCAAAGUGAUAUGCAAAGCGGUUCAAUAUUACAAGGAUAAUAAUCAUGGGUUUGAGUACUCCGGUAAUGAUGUCUAUCGGAAUUUAGCAUUCUUUUGUAAUUGUGAUUAA